GUAGCGAAUACUCCACCACUGAACGGCAAACGCACCGGAAGUGUGUACUCGUAUUAUACAUAGUUUAAAGCUGCCGAACAAAAAUGGCCCAUUUAUCUGCGUGCGUUUCAACCCUACUGGUCGCGGCCUGCCUGUUUCAAAUAGCAUCGAUUUCGGGAUCGGUCGGCAGCACAGAGCUCAGAGUUCGCGUGUGCAGCCACAACAAGUCCAUAUCGUUGAAGGUGACGAGCACCAGAGACCAAAGUGUCGAAGGUGCUCUUGAUUGCCGGUGCAACGUCGAGCCGCUGGAAAACUCGUUGAAGAAUCUAGCGAAAAGUGAUUACCAGUACACCCCCGAGGUCGGACUCCACAAGCUUCACUUGGCCGCCGCCAACUGGAACGAUGCGCGUAAGAUGUGCAUGGACGAGGGUGGACACCUGGCCAUCGUGAACUCCGUGGCCGAGGAAAUGGUAUUGUUGGAAAUGCUGAAAAGUAACGCGGAGGGGAUAAGGGGCGGCCAAAACAAGGAGGAGGCUCUGCUGGGUAUCCACGACUUGUUCGCGGAGGGCGAGUGGUGGACGGUUUCGGGGGAGCCACUCCGAGCCACGGGUUACGUAAACUGGUCGAGGAGCUAUUGGGACGGCCAGCCGGAUAAUUACCUGGGCAAUCAGAACUGCGGGGCUUUGGUCGACGUCGGUGGAAUGGACGACGUCUUCUGCCACGACAAGUUUGCCUUCUUCUGCGAGAUACCGGUAACUUGUUGACCCCAACUGUUUCGGCCCUUGUUCACCUUUU